UUGAAACCUUUUUCUUUUCCUUCUCUUUCUCCUUCUGCAUGUUGGCGUGCGUGAGCGCGACUGACACGUACGGUAAGCGUCACGCGCCAAAGUGAUGACACGAAUCUUCUCGACUUUACAUUGUGCACGCAGGCAAAGGCUCCACAUCAUCACCACUCACACUCGGCCUCCGUGCUCCAACGGCGCAAAUCCGCGCAAAAUCACCAGCAACGCAAAUCGUACGAGGAGGCAGCAUGCCCCUCGCUUCUUCCUCUCACACACGCAGCCUCAACGCUCAUCACGUCUGUACCAUCAGCAGGCAUCGCACAGUCACACUCACGGCUACUGCCAAUCUGGAACCUGGAACCAGCCGGCUCGCAAGUUGUAGGCGCAGACGAUAGCGUUGGAAGAUGAGCAGGUGAACAUCCUUGCACAGGAACAAACUUCGAAAUCCGUGUCAUCAUUUCCCCACAUUCGCAUACACUCUGUGGACACAGCGAUCUGAUGGCAGAUCAGCCUAAUAUUCCUCCAUCAUCAUCAUCAUCAACCGCCGCCGCACCAGCAGCAUCGCCGCGUCUCAUCACCGACCCAUCGGAUCCUCGUCGGAAAGUGCCAAUCAAGAAGGCCAAUUCUCCAUUCCUAGCGCAUCAAGCAGAACAGGCGCGUCGAAGAGCGCAGGCGCAGGCAAAGAUGGCCUCUAGCAAGACCUCAUCUCCUCCAAGCAGGACUCAGAGAGCGCAAACGCGCAAGCAACGAUCACUCUGCGCCAGCUUGAUCAAAUGGGCCCUCGUGGGUGUGCUCUUUGCACUCGGAGCGGGUCAAUUCAUCGCAGGCGAUAUUCUUUGGGGCUACAGGGGCAAAUAUGUUCAGAAACGGUUUUGGUUUCCUCCACCUCAAAGACUCUUCACGCCCGAAGAGCUGGCUCUUUACAAUGGCUUGGAUCCAAAGCGUCCCAUCUAUCUCUCCAUCAUGGGCGUCGUGUACGACGUGACCGAUGGUAGACGGAUAUACGGACCAGGAGGGCCUUAUGACUUCUUCUCUGGCAGGGAUGCUAGCAGAGCAUACGUCACCGGUUGCUUCAAGCCCGAACAAGGUCACCUCACCCACGAUUUGAGGGGUUUGGGAGUGGAAGAGCUGAAGGGCGUCAUGGACUGGGCAGCAUUCUUUCAAGCUCAUCCUACGUAUCAUCAGAUUGGCAAGCUGAAAUUGGAGCCGGUGGAUCAAAGCAAACCUCCACCCGCGCCCUGCGCAGAUGGAAAAGGGAAGGAGGAUGUUUGAGGACAAGCCAUGCCAGGGGCGACUGUGCCAGGAAUGUAAUGAAUGACGCUGCGCAGCGCGGUCUGUGCUCGACUCGAGCCGGCUGGAAAGCUGAUAACACCGGCGUGCGCGUUGGAGCAGCAUGCAGCAGCGUUCAAACAAAGGACGCUGAAGAGACGCUACGACGGAGGCUCAAGGGGCCAGUCGGCGUUACCUAUUUCGCACCUCGAUGAGGUCUGGAAUGUGAAUUGAUCGACGCGGUCAUGA